AAGCGAACCAAUCAUCACCACCUGAUCGAUCUCGGUCUUCUUGGUGCUCUAUAGAAGGUUCUCUCGGUUUCUUGGGGCUGUGAUGGCGAAGGCGAGCGUGGUGGUGGCGCCUGGCCCUGAGCAGGUGGGCGUGGCGGCGCCGGCGGCGUGCACCUGCCCCGGGGCGACGCUUUUCCCGUACCCACCGCCGCGCGCCGGGAUCGCCGUGCGGCGCAAGUGCCUGCAGGCGGCGCAGCAGCUGGAGCUCGGCGCCGGGCUGCGCGGCGGGUGGGUGGAGUCGAUGCGGGCGUCGUCGCCCACGCACGCCAAGGCCGCCGCCGCCCUCGCCGCCGGCGUCGACGACGAGCAUGCCGCGUGGAUGGCGAGGCACCCGUCGGCGCUGGGCGAGUUCGAGAAGGUGGUGGCGGCGUCGAAGGGGAAGCAGAUCGUCAUGUUCCUCGACUACGACGGCACCCUCUCCCCCAUCGUCGACGACCCCGACGCCGCCUUCAUGAGCGAGACGAUGCGGAUGGCCGUGCGCAGCGUCGCCAAGCACUUCCCGACGGCGAUCGUCAGCGGCCGGUGCCGCGACAAGGUGUUCGAGUUCGUGAAGCUGGCGGAGCUGUACUACGCCGGCAGCCACGGCAUGGACAUCAAGGGCCCGGCAAAGCCAUCCUCCCGCCACGCCAAGGCCAAAGGCGUCCUCUUCCAGCCGGCGAGCGAGUUCCUCCCCAUGAUCGAGCAGGUGCACCGGCGUCUCGAGAAGGAGACGAGCUCCAUACCUGGGGCCAAGGUGGAGAACAACAAGUUCUGCGUCUCCGUCCACUUCCGCUGCGUCGACGAGAAGAGUUGGGCGGCGCUGGCGGAGACGGUGAGGCGGGUGGUGAGGGAGUUCCCGCGGCUGCGGCUGAGCCAGGGGCGGAUGGUGUUCGAGGUGCGGCCAACCAUCAAGUGGGACAAGGGCAAGGCCCUCGAGUUCCUCCUCGACUCGCUCGGUUUCGCCGACUGCAGCGACGUGCUCCCGGUCUACAUCGGCGACGACCGCACGGACGAGGACGCUUUCAAGGUUCUGCGGCGGCGAGGGCAGGGCGUGGGGAUCCUCGUGUCCAAGCACCCCAAGGAGACUACCGCGUCCUUCUCCCUCCAGGAGCCCGCCGAGGUGAUGGAGUUCUUGCUGCGGCUGGUGGAGUGGAAACGCCUGUCCAGGGCCCGGUUGAGGCUGUAACGGAUUCAUC